UUGAAAAAAAAUUAAUUGAAACUUUUGUACUCGUACGGCCUCUGCAUUGUGUUGCGCAAUAUUUGCCUGACCCGAAAGUUCGAGGUAGAUUUGCCCAGUAGACGAAUCAAUGGUGAAUGGGGUACAGAGAUAUCAGCCAACGUCUGUAAACCUAGAAUGUCAACCUCAAGGACUAAUCAGUCCCCGAAUUGCCCUCUGGAGACUAUAUUUACGAGUUCCCUCACUCCAAUAGGCUCAUAAAGUAUUCAUCAGGAUCGUGGGAGUGCCUCAACGAGCCACCAGCUCCUCUUGGUCUACCACAAGUUCCAAGUUUGUUAAACUAAAUUUCACGUAAAUAUCAGGACCUCUGUAACCGAGAUUAUUAAUUCCAUUUAUGCGCGGUAGUUGUGCGCUAAAGUGUAGAUUAUCUGGGGUUCGUUUGAGGGAUCUGCGGAGCUUUGAAGUUGUUCUCCUGAGGGUGUGUAAGACGAUGAACAACAAGGAUUACGGGGAAUGUCGGCCGACCUUCAGAACACCCCGGGUCUUUAUCAAUCACAUGGACAGUUAUCAUGGAAGAGCAUUGACUGAUUUUUUCUUGGGCGUUCACCGCCACGGGGAAGGGGAAUAUAAACAUACGACGUGGAGAGAAGAAGAUCCGGAGUGCGAGGUGAUUGGGACGAUUCACGAUACUGAGAGUACCUUGAACUACGCAGACAUAACUGUUCUAGAUCCCCACAACAAGGAAGAUUUUCUAAAGAAGUUAUUGUCCUGCCAGCUCGUGAUUUACGACAUUACCUUGGAUGCUGGACAGAUUCAUGAGGCAGAGUGGGCUCUCGAGGCCCUAGCUGGUACUUUGGCAUCUCCCGAGUAUCUCCCACAUAAUGCGGAAUCCCUCCACUUUCUGUUGAUCUCAUCAGUAAUGACGUGGGCUCACACUCGGCAAUUGGAUCCCCAGAGCUUGAAUGCACCUCUCAACGAACUAGAUUACAGAAAAAGAGUGCCCCAUCCCAACUUUGUGAGUCACAAGGACUGCGAGACUCGAGUAAUGCUCAUGAAAGAGCACUCGAUGUUACAAAAGAAAUCGGAGAAGAAAUUGAAGACUCUGGUCCUUUGCUGUGGAAUCACUUAUGGGAAUGAAGAGGGGCCCCUCCACUUUCUCUUCAAGCUCGCCUGGCACAACUCCCCUUUUCUACCCAUUUUCGGUACUGGGAGAAAUAAGAUUCCCCUGCUUCAUGUUGAUGAUUUGUCGAGGAUCGUGCACUCACUUUUUUACGACUGGCCGGAAGAUCGAUGGUACCUUGUCGCGACAGAGCACGAUGUCAUUUCUCAAACGACCAUCGUUGAGAAUAUCAGCCGACAUAUGAGCAAUGGGAAGAUAAAGAGUGUAGAGACGCUGGAGAACUCGAUAUUCAAAGGGAAUAUUAGUCAGAGGGAUUUAGACGUCAUGAUGGUGGAUGUAAACAUCGAGCCGGCAUUUACCCUGGAUCAUAAUCUCCAGUCUGAGAGGACCUUUGAUAUGCAAGUGGAGAGGAUAGUGGAUGAAUACAGAGCAAGCAGAAAUCUACGACCCGUGAAAAUAAUCAUCCUGGGGCCACCAGCCAUUGGGAAAAGCACUGUUGCUCGUAUCAUCUCCCAGUUCUAUAGAAUACCAUAUGUUUCCGAGGAGUCGUUGAUAGCGGAGGCCAUUAGGAAUGUAACAACUGCAGGCGAGGGAGGAGGAUCAUUAGCUGCGAAAUCUCCGGAAUAUCCCAAGGACAGAGAUAGUGAAGGCGACGAAAAGCAACGAGUGGUCGGGGCGAGUCCAAGUUCCAGUUGGAAAUCACUGGGCGAACUCCAGAGGCAACUGGAUGAAAUACACAACAGUUUCGGUCUGAAUAAUGGCCAAGGCAGGGAUGAUAUCGUGAACAAAUUACUAAAAACAAAAUUCAAAUCACCGGAGUGUACCAAUCAGGGCUACGUGCUGGAUGGUUACCCCAGAACUUGGAAUGAAGCCCGUGAUUUAUUCGAUAACAAACUCACAGUAACUUCAAACACAACAUCCUCAUCCGAAAAUUUGAGAAUGUUUCCCGAGUUUGUGAUGCAACUCGAGGCAACCGAUGAAUUUCUCCACAAUCGUGUACUAAAUUUACCCCACAGUGUGAUACAGACUACCCAUUAUGAUGUGGAAAGCACGAUGAAGCGCCUCGAGGAAUACAGGAGGAGAAACACUGAAAAUGAUACGGCGUUGCGAUUCUUCACGGAGAAUGGACUACAUCCGCUUAUUGUGGAUGUCGAGGAAGAGUCUGGCGGUAUGCACACCAUUUUUCACAAAUGCCUCGAGACAAUCGGACAACCGAGAAACUAUGGGCCAGCAGUCGAAGAGCGCGUGGCAGAGGCUGUGGUACGUGACGUUGCCAAUGUGUGGGGAACCUCAGUUAUUGGAGCCGAGAGAGAGGAGGAGGUGAAUUUUCAAAGGAAAGUGAUACGAGAUCAAGCUAUGAGGGAGCAGAAGAAUAACAUGGAAAAUCAGCUCAAAGAGGAGGAACAUCUGCUGAGAGCUCUCUCGGAGCCCCUGCGCCUGUACCUCCUCAAGUGCGUAUUUCCCACGUUGAGCCAAGGUCUCCUAUCCAUCGUUCAAUCGAAGCCUGACAAUCCCCUGGACGCUUUGGCAACGUAUUUAUUCCGCAAUAAUCCUGAGGGAAAAAUGAUCGAUAUUCCUCCUGAAUUAUCGACAGAACUCGCGAGAGAUUCGCGCUCUGACGUAAUUAUGGAUUUGCGCGAAGGGCCGUUAAAUGACAUCGAGUUCUAGGAGUGGAAAAUCAAACGUUGCUGAAUAUUCGAGAUUCUAUAUUGAGAACCGAGAUACACGUGAGUUAUUGAAUAACAUCUGAGUAUUUUUAUAUUUUGCUCCACCGAUGAAUAAACGAAGUGGAAUACGUAACACUAGUGCGUAAGGACGUUCACGAUGGGAACGAUUACGUGAAAUUUUGGUAUAUUUUCAUCCUGAAGAGUAAUCACUCUUUAAUUAGCUGUGAUUUAAUGUGAGCCUCAAAGAGACAGGAACACACUCAAGUAUUUCGA